AUGAACUCCAUUCAAGGCAUGCUCUCACUUUUGCUUCUCACCCUCCCAUUGGCAUUUACAGCCAAACAUAUACCAUGGUUUCAAAUCGAUAAUCUUUUUGAAAAACGUCAAUCUACUUUAACUUUACCUGACUGCGGCCAGAAUUGUUAUACACUAGCUUUACCUGAUAUAGGAACAUGUGCUGAGACUGAUACAGCAUGUCUAUGUGAAGAUGAAAGCUUUAUGGAUACUGCUCAACAAUGUUUUCAAACCGCUUGUGGAUCUGAAGAUAUAGGGAUCAUUAUUACUCUAGGUCAACAGACAUGUAGUUCGCUCGAUGCAAACUUUUUUCAGAUCAAUGGGAUUACUGAUGAUUUGGUUUUACCGGCUGGAGAUGGAAUCACUCGAACUUCACUCUUUUCAUCAUCUUCGACACCUGUGGUGACCGCUACUUCUACGGCUCAAAUUAAUACUCCUACUAGUACUGCUGCACUUUCUUCAGCCACCUCAUCAUCCACACCUAUCGAUUCUACGACUUUAAGUUCUGAUAGACCUUUAUCUACAAAUCAACCCCUUCCACCUUCAAUUUUUUCAGCAGCUACUUCUAUACUUUCUUAUAAUUUAUGUCACUUUAUGAUCUUUGCUUUGGUGGCUGCUUACUUGUUUUGA